AGUUAUAAAAUUCGGUAAUUUUUUUUGGUAUUUAAAAAAAACUUGUGAUUGAACUGCGCGAUUUUAUGUUUUCGCUUCGCAUUAGUAUUUUAAUUAAAAAGGAGAUACAACUUUAAUCGUUAGCAAUGAAGUUCCACUAUUUACAUUGGAUAUGCCAUGCAGUUAUGUUAUGUGCUAUCCUAGGAGCUGGAAUUGUGACAUCAAAUGAAAAUGAAGAUGAAUAUCUAACUCAAAAAGAAAUUAUUUUGGAAAAGUCGUAUCAUGGUCUAAUUCGAGAAAAUGAAACACUCGUCGAAAUAACUCCUCUGAUUAAAGUGAAUGAAGAGAAAAUAUGUAAUUUUCGAAUUUUAAAAAAACCAUACCAUGAGAUUCCAUUUGAGAUUGAAUUGGUUAAUAACCUUGGAAUUUUGAAAGCAAGCCGCAUGUUAAAUUGCGAAAAAAGAAAGAGCUAUCAUUUUGAAAUACUCGCGGUAUAUUGUGAUGGGACACCUUCAAAUACAGCAAAUGUUCAUAUAACUGUUAUAGACAUAAACGAGUAUGCACCAAUAUUUUUGGAACCAUCUUAUGUGACUGAAGUAGAAGAAGGGCGACUUUAUAAUGAAAUUUUAAGAGUUGAAGCAUCUGAUAAAGACUGCACGCCACUUUUUGGUGAUGUUUGCAAAUAUGAGAUUCUUAACAAUGAUGAACCGUUUUCAAUCGAUAACGAGGGCUCAAUCAGAAACACUGAACCACUUUCGCAUAAAGCAUCACAUAACCACAUUUUAUCCGUAGUAGCUUAUGAUUGCGCAAUGAAAGAAUCGGCUGCUAUUAUGGUUAGCAUUAAAGUGCGACGUAUUUGUGAAGCGAGGUUUUUAGGUAUGCCAGAACGAAUCGAUUAUUCGUCUGGUAGCACUGAAAGCCUCCUAUUGUUCCCUAAUGCUCGUUUGGAUUUAUGCGACAUAUCUUGCAAUAAUGAGAAUAUCAGUAUUCAUACAUCAAUAGCCCUAAAGACAAAGCAUAUAUCAUUUGGAUGCGACCGUGAUCUAACAAGCUGCAAUUCAAGCCAAAGAAUGAUGAACCUCUUACCUCAAGGAGCUGAUUGGACGAAAGAAUUAAAUUAUGACGAGGGCGUGGAACCGAUAUUUCACUUUGACGGAUCCAUGGGCGUGAUAGUGCCCGAUACUGUUGUGGAUCACUACGAUUUUUCUACUCGCUCGUUUAGUGUUCUUACAAUGUUUCGACACAGCAGCCAGGGAACCAUUAAUAAACAUGUCAAAGAGCACAUAAUGUGUAGCGCUGACGACCAUAAAAUGAAUCGGCACCACAUGGCUUUAUUUGUUCGAAACUGUCGGCUAAUUCUCUUAUUGAGAAAGAACUUUAACGAGGGGGACAUAAACAUCUUCAGCCCAGCUGAAUGGCGUUGGAAAAUACCUGAGGUCUGUGACAACGAAUGGCAUCAUUAUAUUAUAAAUGUCAUUGAUUCGGCAAAGGUUUAUUUAUUUAUUGACGGUAUUCAAUUUGAAAAUUCGGUUGAGGAUCGACAUAGUAACCCAGAAGUCAUUGAUGAUUGGCCUCUGCAUGCUGCAUAUGGUGUUAAUACUUCUCUUUCUGUUGGUGCGUGCUAUCAAAGUUCCGAGAACAAAAUGAAGCAUGGGUUUAAUGGAGACAUAUCAGAAGUUAAGAUAAAAUUUGAUGGUUUUUUAAAUGCCAACGACAUAAAAUGUGGAACUUUUUGCGCUGAGUACUUAUUGUCGCCGGAAACUAUAAAAAUAAAAAAUCAUACAACAGCCACUGAAUACACUCCAGUUCAAACAAACAUAAAAAUGAAUAACAUAUAUAUUCAAGCAAAUGCUAAACAUGAAAUUGAACAAUUGAUGCGUAAAAUUCAAUAUAUUAAUAUUAAACCCAACCCAACAAUAGGAAGACGCAACAUAGAAGUUCGUACGACCCUUUCUUGUAACAAUCAAAGUUAUCUGCGUUUACCAACCAUAGAGACGUACAUUAUGGUUAACCAACCCUUAGCUUCCCUCGGUAUUGAUAUUGCUGCCAAAUCUUUAUUGACAAAUAAAAAGGAUAAUUCCUCUGCAACGUUUACAAUUGAUAAAUUGAAAUCAAUCUUUCAAUUUGAUGCAUCUGUCCCAGAAACACAAAUGGAUCCAAGAAAAAUAUCGAUAUCUGGAACAACAAAUAAAUUGGUAUCUUAUCAAGAAAUUAAGUUGGGCGUACACAUUUUGGAUAAAAUUUACAUCGACAUGUUAUCUAAAAAUAGUGCUCCAAUUACUGGAAAAAAUCUCCUUGAUUCUUGCAACGUUGUUGUGUUUCCUUCUUUAAAUCCGGAUCAUGAAGAUAUUCAAAUAGAUGGUGACGAGUCAUUGUCGUCUACUAUGGAUAUAAAGACAAAUAUAGAUAAGGAUGGCGUGGACAUGAUUGGAUUGGACACCAUUCAGAAUUAUUUAAAUGUAUUACGGUCUCUUGUCUAUAGUAACAAAAAGCCGGCUUAUUAUUUAAAUAGGGUUUUUAAACUUUCAUGUGCGCAAAUGAGUUUACAAUACAAAAGUGCGGAAUACACAUUAACAUUAACGGUAUUACAUCCAAAGCAAAUGAGCAAGUCGACAACAGAGCAACCAUCUUUUUAUAAUGAAGGUAGUGUUAAGAGUUCCAAUAUUGAUGCAACUUUCCAUUUAAACAGCGAUGUGGAAACUAAAGAUAAUAAUCAAGCUUCAGAUUCAAGAAUAUUUUCGUAUUCGUUACUUCACCAAAACGAUGUCCAAGAACCAAAAUCUCACAUUCACUCUAUUGUACACAAAGCUGAGGGCUCACAUCUUUCCAUGCUCAUAAUUCUUGUGAGUGUUUUUUUGGCUAUUCUGCUGUGUGGAGUUUCUAUUGCUCGAUUAAAGAACAGUCAGAAGUACACUGAUCGUCAUCAGCAUUGCCCAAAGAUUCUUGAUGAUGGCUUAGUUUGGGACGAUUCGGCAUUAACUAUAACUAUAAAUCCAAUGCAAACAGAUAUAACAUCAGAGGAUAGUUCUGAGUCGGAAAAUUCCGAAUCGGAAGAGGACGAAGCUCUGAAGGAUGGAUUUUCUCACAUCAACCAGCUUGAAUGGGAUAACACUAAUAUAUUUCAACAGUAAAGUAAAACAUGCCCUUAAUUUCCUUUGAUCUAAAAUAUGUACAUUUUAUUUUAAGUAAUGACACAAAACUUAAAAAUAUAUUGAGUUUGUUUAUAUGCGUAUUUGCGUAUUUAUAUGCGUAUUUAUAUGCGUAAACAUUAUUGUAAAGAUGCGAAUUCAUUCAGAAAAUUUUGUUGUUGUGCGUAUUAAUGAUUGUAUAAAUUAAGUCAGUGGACGUGCGACAUACGUAUGUACAUGUAAAUGUAUUUAAAAUAAAUAUCAGCGCAACUACAAAUAAAACUAAGGUACAGUACAAUUAAUAUAUAAUUGGCAACGCUAGAUCUAUCAUAUAUGCAAACAAACCACUAAUAUAAAUACGAAAUAAGUUGUGAUUGAUGAAUCUGUUCUAUACUCGCAUAAACAUGUAUUUUGCACAUUUCUUAAAUGUUCAUCUGCAUUCUGUCGCCAUGCAUAGGAGGUAUCUCCGUCCCCCUAAAUUAAGGCUAAUAUUUAUUUACUUAAUUAUCCACAAUAAAUCCGUAUAGCCAAUAAAAUUCAAACUUGUUAUAGAUUCAAAUUUUUUCAAUAUUUAAAAUAUAGAUUAAGAAACAUAUUGAUAUAUAUGAACAAAUUUGUUUGAACUAAGAAUCAUAAUUUUUAUUAUCUUUUAUUUUUCGUAAACGAUCUAAUAUUUUUUACCUAUUUAAUAAAAUUAUCAUAUUUGAUAAAUUUAAUAAGGUAGUAUACAAAAAUUCAAUUUUUUAAAUUCACAAUUUCCUUUUUUUUAACAACAUCUACGUUUUAGAAUACUGUUUGUGUUAGAGCUUAAACGAAAGAAAAUUGCCAUCUGUUAUAAUUAAAUAUUUGUCGAGCUAGAAUUAAAUAAACAUAUAUUAAUACUGUAUCAUAAUUUAUUGUAAGGCAUCUAUAGAUACAAAGUUCUAUAGCUGUCAUAUUACAGAUUUAACAAAUCUCCAUACAAUUGGCAUUAUUAAAUAGAAAUUGCCACAGGGAAUACUAGCUAUGAUUACGUCGACGCCUAUGAAAAUAUAUAUAAUUUUUGAAAUAGCCAACAUAAAAAAGACUUUUCAUAAAUCAAAUUUUUUUUUUCUAAAAUGGACGGAGCCGGAGUUUGUUCCUAUGCACUUGCAGAUGGUAUUAUAAUUACGGUCAAAAAUGUGUAACGCAGUGAAGAAGACAUCUCCGACCCUAUACAAUUUUCUCUAAAGUAUUUAAGAUGAGAAUAAUCUCAGUCUUAAUCUUCAGUCUGUCUCCUUGUCUUUGCACAAGGUAUAUAUAGUACAGUAGAACUCCAAUUAUCCGAAUGAAUGGGGGAUAAUCGGAUUUUCGAUUUCUUUUCGAAGCCAUGGUAUAAAAACAAUACAGUAUUGUACAUGCACAUACAAAAAUAAGCCGUAGCGAAAGAGUAGCGUCCUCGGCUAAUCAAAACAAACAAUCCGGGGGGAAGUCAGUGUAGGCACAACGGCAGGUUAAGAAAAGUCAAGUCAAGACUUGUGAUUCGGAUAAUCGGCGAUUCGGAUAGUCGGAGUUCGGAUAAUUGGAGUUCUACUGUACAUUUAAGUCGGUUUAAAAUCAGUAAAUGCGCGUAAAUCAGUAAAAGAGGCUCCAUUCUUUU